CACACACACACAGACGUGGUGUUUUUUAUUUAUCUUCUAUUUCAGUGAGUUUUCUCACGUCUGAUGAGCGCUGAUGUUUUUGUGUUUUCAAAGCUCGAGGCUGUGUGGCCCUUCACUGAGCCGCUGAUCUCAGGCCUGUCAGGCUUGGAGGCAGCUGUCGCUCCGGUUAAAAAUAGAUGAGCUGGAAGGCCUCAUAUCACACACACACACACACACACACACACUCCAUACACGCACAGAUUUACAGAAACAUCAGUCUGGAAGCCUUGUAUGUUUUGUGGCUGUCAUGUGGUCCUCCUUGAGGCCUGUUCCACAUUAAACAGGAUCUUACUGUAUAUGCUUUAAAGGAAUAUUCAAACAUUUUGGUAAAUACAGUUCAAAUAUUGAUCUCAGGUCUGUACGGUCAACAUGAAGCCACAACCAGCAGCCGGUUAGCUUAGCUUAGCUUAGCUUAGCAUAAAGACUGGAGACAGUUUUUUGUUGCCUUAUUGAAACCAAUACCUCUGUUGUUAUGUGUUUAUUAGCAGUUAGCUGUGUCCUCAGUGUCUCAGGUUGUGUCCUCGACUCCUGAGUUAACUUUAGAGACUCUGAGGUGUAAUGACGAAAGUUCGCAGUUCACAUGACUCAAAGUGAUUUGCUUUUUGAUGGCAGGACGAAGGUUGCCAUGGCGUCGACGGGUGAGAGCGGGCAGCGUGGCGAUCAGACGGUUCCUGGUGGGGAGGAGGUGAAGGAGGAGGAGGAGCAGAGUGGCGUCCAGGGAAUCCAGUCUCAUUACCUGCGCUGUCCUUCCCCCAGUUUCUCCAUGGCAUCGGAGUCCAGGUUCUCCAUGAUCUCCGGCUCUGACGCCGCCAGCAUCUUCAUGGAGCCCAUCCACCUCUCUUCAGCCAUCGCUGCCAAGAAGAUCAUCAACGAGGAGCUGCCGCCUCGCAGCGUGCGAGCCGAGUCCAUCCCGGAGUCCAUGCUGGAAACCGCCGAGCAGCUGAUGGUGGAGGACCUCUACAACCGCGUCAGGGACAUGAUCGACGACCGCAGCCCCUACAACACCCCCUGUGUGCUGGACAUCCAGAGGGCCAUGGUGCAGGACCGCUUGGAGGCUCCCAUCAACCCUGUGGAUGAGGUGUGGCCCAACAUCUUCAUAGCUGAGAAAUCGGUUGCAGUCAACAAAGCUCGCCUGAAGCGAAUGGGCAUCACCCACAUCCUGAACACCGCCCACGGCACAGGGGUCUACACAGGCGAGUCUUUCUAUGCCGGCAUGAACAUCCAGUACAUGGGCAUCGAGGUGGAUGACUUCCCCGACGCCGACAUCUCGCUGCACUUUCGUCCCACCGCCGAAUUCUUGGACGAGGCUCUUUUGACACACAGAGGAAAGGUUCUUGUGGUUUCCAUGAUGGGCGUCAGUCGCUCUGCAGUCCUGGUGGCGUCCUACCUGAUGAUCUUCCAGCACAUGACCAUCAUGGAGGCCCUGACUUCCAUGAGAAAAAAGCGCGCCAUCCACCCCAACGAAGGCUUCCUGAAGCAGCUGCGAGAGCUUAACGAGAACCUGAUGGAGGAACGCGACGAUGAUGACGAAACGCUCAGCCAGUGCUCUGUUAUUGAUGCCCGCACACGUGCUCGCAUCUUUGGUGAUGGCGGGGAUGACGAUGAUGACGAUACUGACAAAGAAGAAGAACAGAGUAUGAUUGAGGUGAAAGCGCACUCCAUCAUGAUGGAAGAGGAGGAGGAUGGAGAAAGCGUGAUGAGCAGCGUCGCCUCUUCGGCGGCUGCUGCAGCACUCAGGAGUGGACUGAUUGGAGUGCAGGACGGACUGGAGCACAAGGAAUCGGCUCAAGAAGACCUUGUUCUACUCGAAAAGGAGGAGGAUGGCGAGGAUGAUGAUGGUCUUGACGGUAUGAUCCGCGAGUGGCAGCGGAGGAACGAGAAGUAUCAGGAUGAUGACUGGUGGGAGGCGCAGCUGAACAGCGACGGCGAAGAUGAGGAAUCUAUCGCCGAUGGUCGACCAAAGAAGACGAGGGGCGGUGCAGACGUUGAUGUGGACAGUGUCACCAGCGAGGAUGUACGAGCUGUGAAAGAGCGGGUGAAGCGUCGCAAUAGACGUCCGCCUUCAGAUGCGAUGUCCACCUCCAGCUGCACAAGUUACUCUGAUCUUUGGAAACAGCGGCUGAGAGAAAUUGAGGAACAAGCUGCUGCGCGCUACCGUAAGAAAGAGGAAGACGAAUGCAGCGAGAGCACCGCCACAGAGGGUGGAGAAGGAAGAAAGAAGAAGAUUGAUGAUGAUGUAGACAGCAUCCUCUCUGACAGCAGCUCCAUGUACAACUUUUGCCAGAAGAAUAAGGAGAAGAUGACGCCUUUGGAGCGUUGGCGCAUCAAGAGGAUCCAGUUCGGCUGGAACAAGAAAGAUCGAGAAGAUGGAGAGAAAAGUUCCAUAGGAGAUGGAGAGGAUGGUGCUGGUGAGGGACAAGCCAAGACCCCAUCCUUCCAAGAUGUCAACCUGACAGCAUAUCAGUCGUGGAAGCUGAGGCAGCAGAAACGUUUCGGGGAGGAGAACACGGAUGAGAUUUUGGAGUUGAGUCGGGGCGAGGACUCUGCAACCGUGAAACGGAGACAAAGGCGUGAGGAGAUCCUGGAGCGCUCAAAGAAAACUUUAGAAGAGAGUCAGUCCAUGUGUGGCUGGGAGACUGAGAGCUGCAUCAGUGGAGGUACGAUACCUCUCUCUGCCUUUUGGGCUGGAGCUGGUGUCACGGGUCCGCCAAGCGUCACCAAUGAUGACAACAUGUCGAUGCUCAGUGGCAGGUCAUCCGUCAUAUCUUCAGUUUCACAGGCGCGCAGUACAAGAUCAGCACUAUCUGCAGUCCCAGUUAAUCCAGUGAUGCCAGUUCCUCCCAUCGUCCCAGUUCCUGCUGUCCAAGGUCCCGGAGGUGAACCAAUGGUAAACCUGGCCAGCAUCCAAAACUGGAUUGCUAAUGUUGUCUCUGAAACGAUCAAGCAGAAGCAAAGCGAGAUGAGCCUGCCUCCUCCGUCACGUGCUGGAUCCGAGCUCAGCUUUGGCGGUGCAGCGAGUGUGAUUUCAGGCCGUGGCGUGGAUGAUGACAAGGCGUCCUCGUUGAGUGGUGCUUCCUAUUCCAGUGCACUGUCUCAGGGGCGUGGCAGAGCGGCGUCAGUCCUCUCAGGUGGCGGAUCAAGCAGCGUCUCUGGCCUCACUGGAAGAGCCUCUGCUCUGGGAUCCAAUCUUGGCUCCACUCUGGGCUCCAAGAAGAACAAAAUCACCACCACCAGCGUACCUCUUUUCAGCCUCUUCCAAGACCAGGUCAACAUGGACAAACUGGACGCCAUGGACAAGGAGAUCAAGUCUGACAUGAGGGACAAGAUGGCUACCUACGAAAAGAAGAAGAUCCUGGAGGACAACAAGCGCAGCACCCUGUACAAGAAAAAGAAACCGAAGGAGGAUGAAGACGAGGAGGAGGAAAGAAAGAAGAAAGAGGAAGAUUUUCUUGAGGAAACAAAGAAGAAGGAGAAACCUACAAGGACUUAUGGCCUCUCUGGGUGCCUGAAUCUCAACCCUGCCCUGGAGAAAGAUAAGAACACCAGCAUCGACGACUGGCUGAGAAGUGUCAGGCCUCCACAGGGGAAAACAGCCUCUGGACCUGAAGUCGGUCCAUCACAGGAUCCGUAUGACGACCUUGAUGCCUCCGCUUCUGAAUUCGACUUCUCAAGUCGCAGGGCCUCGUAUUCUGUCGAGGAAGAAGACGAAGAAACUUAUGGCGUCACCUCCAGGUACAGGUCAAGGUUAGGUGAGGACAUAUCAAGUGGAGACACAGAAUAUUCCUGCAACGGCUUCUCGCAAUCCCACGACUACGGCCGAGCAGGGAGGUCGUACGGCGAGAGCGACGAGUGCACAGAAAGCUACGCCGACUUCUCCACGAAGAGAAAUUUCGCUCAUCAUUCGCGAUAUGGAAUCAGCGACACGGAGGGGAGGAGGAGUAGGAGGGAGGAAACAGAGGAGGAGGAUGACAUUGCUACCUUCAUCGCCCAAACCAGGCAGAGGAUCAGAGCUCGGGCGGUCGCUGAGGCCGAAGACGACGAAGUGCUGGCGGCUUGGAGGGCACAGCAGGAAGCAAAAUCACAGAGCAGAAGUGCUUCUUCGGAGAAAUGACUGAUGCAGCGAGGUUUUAGGUAAAGUUUAGUGCCAGUUGUGUGCAGGUAUCACUUUAUUCACUUUAAUAAUUGUGGAUAUCUUGAAGAAAAAUAAAAAGCCAGUUUACGUGAAAAUCAGUAAGGAAACAGAGCACUUUUCCAAAUCAUCAUGCAUCAGAAUUUUAGAAGGGUGAAUGUUCAGAGCCUGUAUUAUUUGUAAUGACCUGAAAUUGAAGAAGGGUUCAGGUUUUGACCGCACCAUCAUUGAAUAUAACACUGACGGUAAAACAUUAAGUGCAUAUUUUCAUAAAAGACGAUGUGGAACUCCUCAACAAUGGAUCGAACCCCGUUUGUACUGUUGUUUUAUUGUUGAAAUAAAUGUUCUGCUGUAAA